GGCCUCCAGCAAACUGGGCGCUGAGAUUUGCUAGGCCAGCACCAUGGGGCUCCUGCUCUGCGCACAGGCUGGGCUCGCCCUGCUCUGCGCCGCGGGCGCCUUGGCGGCCGCUGAGCCCCUCAGCCCCUCCCAAGGAGACCCUGCUUGGAGCACAGGCUGUGACAGAUACAUGGCUGUCCAAGACCGUUUAGACGUGAUGGAAGAGACGGCGGAGAAGGUGGUGGAGCACCUGGAGGCAGAAGUGAAAGGCCUCCUGGGCCUGCUGGAGGAGCUGGCCUGGAACCUGCCGCCGGGGCCCUUCAGCCCCGCCCCAGACCUCCUCGGAGACGAUCACUUCUGAGCCGCAAAGGUGGAGGAGGAGCUGAGCAGCUGGAGGUGGGACCUCGUGGAGGGCAACUCAGACCAGAGCCCGUCUUCUCGCCCUCCUUUCCCUACCUUUGUGUGAAAUAAAACAACUCCUUUGAUGC